AUGUUUUUGCAGGAAAGGGAAGCAGCCAAUAAUAGUAUAGGGAGCUUGUAUCCAGUGUUUGAUCAUUUACAGUCUCAUGCAUUUCGCCACCCUGCGCCUCAAGUUCAACAGGCCUUCCAAGGUGUGCCAACUGCAAGCACGGCUGUCGCUGUGCCACACCCACCAGUCAUCAGGCCUAGGGUUCGGGCAAGAAGAGGCCAAGCAACAGAUCCCCAUAGUAUCGCUGAGCGGUUGCGUAGAGAAAGGAUAUCAGAGAGGAUCAAGGCCCUGCAAGAACUUGUUCCCAGCUGCAACAAGACUGAUAGGGCUGCUAUGCUUGAUGAGAUACUGGACUAUGUGAAGUUCUUGAGGCUUCAAGUCAAGGUUUUGAGUAUGAGUCGGCUUGGUGGUGCUGGUGCAGUGGCUCAACUUGUUGCUGAUAUACCCUUUCAGCCCAUUGAGGAUGAUACCAUUGAAAACCAGCACGCGUGGGAAAAGUGGUCGAAUGAGGAAACAGAGAGUGAGGUGGCUAAACUCAUGGAAGAGGAUGUGGGGGCUGCAAUGCAAUUCCUUCAGUCGAAAUCACUCUGCAUCAUGCCUAUUUCACUUGCGGCUCUCAUCUAUCCCAUUAACCAAACGGAUGACUCAAGUCCUCAUCAAACCUGA